GUGACAAAUCAUCUAGUAGUGAGUCAUGAAAAUGGCCACAUUCGAGAUUAUUCGCAGUUUGUUUGUUUUUUUUUAUGCAUGUGUCCCAUAUGUCGGGUGAUCGUCACAAAUGUCUUCGAGUGCCAGUGAACGCAUCAUAGCCAGGCGUGCCGUGCGUCGUUGCUAAGUUGGAAAAAAAAAAAAACAUGACGUCAUCGCGUACAGCGGGACGUCUCGGAGAAGAUAAACAAAAAAGGAAGGAAGCCUUCGGCCAUACAAUCGCGGCAAAAAUCGGUUCAAAUAAUUUUUAGCUCCCGAGCUACGGUUAGCAGCUACAUGUGCCGCUUUUACCGCUCGGAUAAACGUUAUUAGGCGUUCACAGUCAUGGACGAGGCGAUAGUGUUCCGUAUGAGCGCGUUUUCGGAGCAAGGAGGGAGGAAAUACAUGGAGGAUGUUGUCGAGAUACGAAUCGAGUACGAGCCGACGCCGACGCCUGUGGAAGAUUAUCCAAAGUCGCAGAGGCACGGAGGGCAGCUCAACGCGGAGGGUGAGCCCACCAAACAGACUGAAAACGAGGCACAGGACCGGGACCAGGACCGGGACGUCGCCGUCGAGUCUCGUCCCGUAUCUGCGAUGUGGGUAGAGAGUCUAUCCAACGAGGACGGUGCGCCGCCGGCGUCGGACGCAAAAGUCGCAGAGCGCGUAGUCGACACCCGCAGAUCCGUGGCGUUUUUCGCCGUGUUUGACGGUCACGGGGGUCGGGAAGCGGCGCACUUCGCCCGGGAGAAUCUGUGGGAUUUGUUGAAGAGGCAGCGGGGGUUCUGGUCCAAGGAUCACGGAGAAGUGUGCGCGGCUCUUCGGAAAGGCUUCAUCGCCUGUCACCAUGCGAUGUGGAAGGAGCUGCCGGAGUGGCCAAAGACUAUUACUGGCCUGCCCAGUACAUCGGGCACCACAGCCAGCGUGAUUGUAAUCCGCGGAGUCCACAUGUAUGUCGCUCAUGUCGGGGAUUCGGCGGUAGUGGUUGGAGUGAAAGAAAACGACUCUGAUAUCACGCUCCAGGCGCUCGAAGUAACACAAGACCACAAACCCGAACUCCCUAAAGAAAAAGAAAGGAUUGAACGACUGGGUGGCAGUGUAAUGAAGAAGUCUGGGGUGAACCGCGUUGUGUGGAAGAGGCCCAGACUGACGCAUAAUGGCCCCGUGAGGAGGAGUACAGUCAUAGACCAGAUCCCGUUCCUGGCGGUGGCACGAUCCCUCGGGGAUCUGUGGAGCUACGAUUUCUAUAGCGGGGAGUUUGUAGUUUCUCCAGAGCCCGAUACCACCGUGAUGACUCUUGACCCCAAACGUCAUCGCUACAUCAUCCUCGGGAGUGACGGACUAUGGAAUAUGAUGCCACCCAAGAAUGCAGUCAAUAUGUGUUAUAGCCAUGACAAAAUGGUGGGACCAAAGGGAAUGUCAUGCGCCCGCCGGCUGGGAUGCACAGCUCUGUUGUUUUGGAAAGAACGCAUGCUCCGUGCAGACAACACAACAGUUAUUGUCCUGGCCCUACAGGAGCGCGGAGGACCACCUAUCCCUAUGCAUCGAGACGAGAUUGUUGUCGACAUGGCUACAGGAAUUGACCAUGUUCCAUACCCAGGAACUACCUAUAACACAUGUGAGGUCCCAAAGCAGAGCGAUGCAGUGAGCGCUCUCUCCCCAUUCAAAGACAGUUCCACAACUCUGGAGCAGGCACUCGGGCUGUACGAAGCAGCUUUCUGUGCCACCGCACAGCUCUUACCUGACGUUGACUCCGUGAGGGCCACGCUGGCCCCCCACGCAGACGGUUCCGUGAAUGUUUUCGAAAAGCAAGACUCCACAACCCAAAUGGACUCCGCCCCUCCGUUAAAAAGGUCUCGCCGUUCUCCGCACACUCCCCCCGAACUCAGAGGUCCUCAACGUCGACUCGGCCGGUCCAGCAACAAAAGCUUCCCCCACGUGACGCCUCAUAGCAAUGUACAAAGCGAACAAACCCGUCAAACACAUGCUCAAAAGGGAGAGAGAAGCUCCUCCGAGGAACGCAGUAUGCUACCACAGCACCACAACUCUGCCUUGUGCGUGUGCUGAAUCUCCCAGAACCAGUUUUUGAAGCAUAAUCCGCAUCGUGUAUCAGGUUUGCCACAGGCCUAUUCCUAGAUGUAUACUUUUUUAUACAAAGUUUUUGUUUUUUGUAAAUAUGUGAAAAAUUUUGAGAUUGUAAAUGUGUUAACUGUUUUUGACUUUUUUUUCUUCUCGCUCUUCUUCCUGCCCCCUACACCCCCCCCUUUCCCCUUUAAAAUUUAAGCUUGACUUUAAAUUAAAAAAUUUAGAUCCGUUAAGUCUACACAAUCUAUUUUCAUACUUAUACGUAUGUAUAGUAUAUCCAAAAGACCUAUUUUAAAGAAGAUGGAUCACUACAAUCUGAGAUAAAGAAUCGGUUCAGCAGAACUGUUGACACACACUAUCUUCCAGUUUUAAAUAUUUAUCAAAUGAAUGAACUAUUUUAGAUUUGUUUUUAGAUGCUAUAACAUGCCCGUCUUUCCUCGGUUACCUCAGACUAGUUGUUUUGAAUCUUUCCUCUUGGAUAAAAUGUGUUACCUGUGCAAAAUAGUGGAAAGACAAGCAAAUGGUCUGAGGUGAUUUUUAAGUUUUAUGUCUUUACCAGUGGUUAAUUAAGUACUGUCAUGAUCACGCAUAGCUUCUGAGGAGGUGUUAAAGGGUCAGUUCACCCAAAUCAGAAAAAAAAACCAUGAAAUCGCACAUGCCCUGGUUGGUAUCUAUCCGUUUAGUUACUGUAGAUAUGUGUGUUUUAAUGAACUGAGCCUUUGAUGGUACGUUUAAUUAUUUUUUCUUUGCUGGAGAGUCAUAUUGAUCCAUUCCAAGCAUCUCCGUGUAUGAUUUAAAUUACUGUUGCAUGUUGUUUUAAAAACCUUGGGCCUAUCUAGACGUGCAUUUGUUUCAACGGUACAGUCAGAAGUGUACGUUGUCGGGUUAUGGUCAAGAUGUUUUUCCACAGGAAGGUGCUUUUGGAGUGUGCUUUGCCUUUUUGAUUUUUUUGUUCAGUUAAAGUGUCUGCUAGGCACUAACACCUUUUUCAAUAGGUCUUCCUCUUUGUUCUCAUGUAUUGUACCCUCUUGUGUGGUUUGCAUCCAUAACUUGUGUUUUAAUCUGCACGUAAAACACCUCUAUGGGUACGUAAUGUCAAAUACAGAAAGUUCCCGUUUCAUGGAGUAUAGUUCAUUACAAAGUUCUAACUUGUGUUAAUAUGGCAGCUCGGGUACUGUUCUGGCUGAAUCGUUUGCCUUCUUUUUACAUUCAAAAGUGUCAUGUUUGCCUUAGCACAAACAAAGUCCGAGGUGCUUUUCCACAUGUUUAGGUGAGAAUCUCGAGGAUAUGUCCGUGUAAGUAUGGCUGUGGCCCAGCCUCAGCCGUUCAUCAUGUACCGAUGUCAUUUUACCAUUCAGAGUGCAGCUUCUUGAACCUGCUCCUAAAACCUGGUCGAUGUUUUUUUUAAGUUAUAUUACAGAGCAGUUUGUUGUUUCGUACAGUACGUCAAUAUGCAAUAGAAGUUUGUACAGUACAUUAUUAUGCAAAGUAACCUGGUUCAUUUUCAGGAGUCUGGCAUGCUCAGAUCUACUCUGUAUGUUGUGAAGUGUCCGGAGGUUAUGGAUGUUAAUGAGCAUGUGGUUCGUUUAUGACUAAUUACAAUGCUUGGGGUCUGGCUUCAUAUACACUGCAGCCACUUUUCAGGACUAACUGUAUACGUGACAUGCUUUGAAAGUGACUGGAUAUACAAUGUUUGUGUGUUGUAAUAAAGUUCUCAUUUUCCA